GGAAGAAAAUAUAAAAAGUGGUCCAGUCCAUGCAUGACCCAGCGACCAUCGACAGAUAAUUCGCAAAGUAUAUCAGAACCGGAAAUGACUCCCUCCCGCUUGAGAAAAAUAUUAAGAAUAUCGAAAAUGUGUGAAAAGUUAAAUUUCGCAGGAAUGGAGAAGCCAGAGUCGUCAAUGGGUGGCGGAAGUGUCGUUGAUCUCGAGGACCGAGAUCCCAACAAUCUAAAUCAGCAUCUUCAGGUUAUGUGGGAUGACGUAAUCGGAGAACCAGACGGCAUAAGAAGCCCCGAAUGCGCCUGGAGACUGAGCGGGCACUGUUUCCGUCUCUCAAGAGGAUGUUGCUACGUCUUCCUGUCGGUCCUCGUCGCUCCCCUGGCAGCCCUUUGCCUCGGCUUCACCUUUGCGUGUCUCGCAUUCGAACACAUAUGGUGCGUGGCUCCCUGCCUCCGCGUCUGGAAGAUCACGUGCGCCGCCACCAGGAACUUCUUCACGGCAUUCGCGCAGGCCUUGGUCCGGCCGUGCGCCGAUUCCAUCGGCUACCUGUUCCACAACGUGCGAGUCUUCAGCCAGAGGCUGCCGGACGGCCCUGACCGUAAAGACGAUAUCCUCGUAGUGUGAAAGUGCGAGGGCGGUUUCGACCUUUUUUUUUUUAAAUUUUUCAAAUAUUUUAAUAACAGUCAUUGGAGAUCCAAGAGCAAAUCAAUGAAACGCACGGCGAUCUGUCUCCGAUCGCUAAAUUAUUCGAAUUCGUCCAACAGUUUCACAAUGUAUGUUUAGAUACGCUCUGAAUUUAUAAGAAACACGAUUACCUCGCUAUCGCUCAAACUGACCCGAGCCUACGACACUGGGUCGAGGCGUCGGAGCGUCGGGGCGCUCGAUCAGACCCGCUCCACCAGACUGGCUCGGCCCACCAAGUGGAGGCGACGCUUGUGCGUUCGACUCGUCGCUAUUUCCAUAACUCCGUCCUAUCAGUGACGACGGACGCGUGUAGCGUGCUAAGUGAGCGUCGCGACGUCACUUGACAAAAAACACAAGAUUAUUCGAUGGUUGGCAGCUACAGUGCCGAGCAGUGAUAAAAGUAUCCGUGCCGACUAGAGACGCUCCUUUGUUUUCCUCGUGGACCAAAAUGGCGAUUCGUGCGAGGAACUUGCUUAACAGGCUGGUCAACACUUGGCAGCCCAGUCCUACGACAAGGCGUAUCCUUUCCUAUUCGAGUUCUCUGUGUGUCUACAGUACGUACGACCUCUGCCUAACGAGGAUGCGUAAUUUCUUCUGGAUUAUAUACAUAUAGAGAAGCGUCGCGAUAAGCGGUUGUAUAGUUACGUAAUCCGACUGUAAAAUCAAAAGUUUUAAAUAAGCUAGGCAAUAAAGCACUGCGUCUAUGAAAA